AUGGCCUCCGCAUACGCCAUGCCUCCGUACCAGAGUAACACGCAUCUCCCUCCCAUCAACUACUCCCAACUCCCGCCUGCCAACCAGAACUACAUCCCCCAGCAAUACCGAAAUGACCUGCCGCGGUACAGCUCUGCUCCCUCCACUGCACCUGUCCCAUCCCCGGCUCCUGAGAACAGAUACAUGGCUCCUCAAACUUCCAUGGCUGGCUUGCCGCCAUCAUCUGCGCUUCCACAGCCCCAUAAUCCGGCGCAACAGCAGCCACAGCAACAACCACCCCCACAAGCUUAUCAAGGACCACCGCAGCCGCGUCAAGCAUACCCGCAGCCUCUCGCUCCUGCACCCCCGCGUCCAGACGCCCUAGCACCUGGUUAUGGCCAGCCGGACAACCGCCAGGCAGCGUGGUCCCAAUCGGAACCUAUGCCCACUAUGACUACCGAUGUCGGGCGCGAUCCGACACGAACACAUGUGGUGGGUUCUCAAGGACGAAGAGGCAUUCUGCCCAGCGCCCCAGGGCGUCCUCCAGUGAUGCCCAACGGUGUCAAUGGAUCUCAGAAGAGCAGCGCAGUCCCUCAGAAGGAUGCUGAUGGAAAGUUCCCUUGCCCAAACUGUACAAAGACUUAUCUUCAUGCGAAGCACCUGAAGCGCCACAUGUUGAGACACACGGGUGAUCGACCGUACAUGUGUGUCCUCUGCAACGACACGUUCUCCAGGAGUGACAUCUUGAAGCGGCAUUUCCAGAAAUGCUCUGUGCGUCGCGGCAACCCAACAGGUGCAAGCCACUUGUCCAACCCUGCUGCUCAUAUCAAAAAGAACCAGCAGAAGGCAGCCACUGCCUCGCCAGCCAGUGCCACCACCCCAAAUGCGGUGAUGCCUAACCCUCCAUACACCACUGCUGCCAUGCCCAACACAUCUGCGCCGACCACCAGUGCCCCUGCCCCUGGAAUGGCUUACCCGAUGCAACCCAAUGGGCCGGGCGACAUGCAGCGUCCAGGGCAGCCCAUGCAACCCGGUUCUGGACCCGCUGGCAUGGACCCCAAUGCUAACAACUCGUGGUCGAUGCACAAUGCUCAACGCAACCAAAUGAUGUAUCACUCCAACUCUACACCUCCCGAUCAUUAUGGCAUGCAGCCCGGUGGAGGGGAGGAUAAGCGCAAUGUCAUGCCUGGCCCUCAUCACAUUGGGGAUGACUGGAACCACAUGUUUCCAUCAGGUGGCAACGAGGGAUACAUGAACCCCAUGUUUGGAGGUUAUGAUCAAUCCCAGAAUGAUGUCAAAAAGGACUAUGAAACCCAUGAAGGUGGAUCGAAUGGUUACUACAUUCCCUCUACGAGCCUUGGAGCUGACGGUACGCUUGGACCCCCUCUCUGGAAUCUGCAUGCAUCUCGGCAAGAUUUGUUCCAAGCCAAGGUGAACUCGCUAUUAACGUUUGUCUUCCCUGGGGGGUUACAGGAAUCGCACCGAGACCCACAAAAUGAGUUUUUCAGGUCCUGCCUGACCGUCGAAGCCAUCCAACAUUUUCUCGAUCUCUUCCCGAAUUUUCAAGGUCAUUUCCCAUGGCUUCAUUUACCGACCUUUAACUUUCUCACCGCCUAUGACGGCCUCAUUCUUGUCAUCAUCUGCAGUGGGGCUGUAUACUCUGACCGUGUUACCCAACUUCAAGUACGGGCUUUGAUGCAACUUGUCAAAUCAGGCAUCGACCGUACAUCUCAACUUUUGCAUAAUCUGGAGCCGGGAGUCGCCAGGAACCGACUGUCGAUGACCGGCGAGACCGAGUUUGAAGAACUCCUGGCGCUACAAAUUCUACAGAGCUUGUUCGUUUGGCACGGGGGUCCUGAGGAGAGAGCUCUUGCCCGCGCUGAAAGUAAACGAGUGCUGUAUCUUGUUCGACAGCUCGGCAUGUUAACUUUGGCUGGCCCAGAGGAUCGUCUUAGCUACAGUUAUCUUCACAACCUUCAACCAGGACAAACCGCGCAGCCGUGGCGUUGGGAUUGGCGCUCCUGGGUGGAACAGGAGAAGCGGUCCCGACUGAUGUUCAUGGCUUUCUUGUGGGACGCCGCCAUGUGUAUCUACUUCAAUGUGGCUCCUCAAUUCUCGGCGGCUGAGAUCAAACUCCCUCUUCCUUGUGACGACGCUGCCUGGGAAGCUCCAGACGCCGAAACCUGUGCCCAAGCCCUCGGUCUCCGUGGCGCUGAAGCUCAAGCCAGGAUCAACGUCAAUGGUUCGCUCAGAUUGAAACAAUUGGAAAUGCAUCAUGCAAUGAGUGCUUUGCACAGCACGACUGUAAUCAUGCAGCCGCGAACCACCAAUGUUUAUUCCAAGUUCAUUCUUAUCCACGCGAUUCAUGUGGAAAUCUGGCAGGUCCAGCGCUCAAGAUUUUUCUUCGGUUCCUCGGAUUCCCCCAUGACACGCCUCAAAAAGCCAAAAGUAUCACCAGAGGACGCAAACAUCAUGUACAAAUCGAUCAAUUCUGCUCUUGCCCGGUGGAAGCAAGCCUGGGACCAGGAUCUUGCACUGCAAUACCCUGCCGGAAAUGGUAACCACGUUCCGAAGCGUAUUGGCUUCUGUCGGGAUGGUGUCCACUUCUACUGGCUAGCGCGCGCAUUCAUGCAGCCAACCCGAACUCGCGACUGGCAACUUGCUGCAGAUGAUCGACUUCGACAAGUGCUCCAUGGAUUGAAGAAAGCCAGAGAAUGGAGUCGAACCGAUGGGGCCCAACGAGGCGAAGAACCUGGCAGUGUGGCCUAUAUUGAUGAAAACUAUGCACACGAGACCCUGGAGCUGGACAUGAAGCAGCUCUUCCGACCGCUUCACACCCUGAGCGACAGCCCAGUGCCCGCCGGACAGCCAUAUCCUGCUGAAUAUCGAUGA